AAGAACAGUAAGUUCAUCAGGUGUAACUCCAUAUUUUUGCUGCAAAGUCACUUUCAGUGGCCAACUACCAUCCAAAUUUCACAAUUACUUGCUCUUGACCUUCUAAUCUUCUACAUUAUAUAUAUAGGUCCACCUUAGCCAGUACCAUGACAUAACACAACAUAACCACCUCACAUUUUGUCUACAAUGUUAGCAUACCCAAUUCACACCCACAAAGCCAUGGACUGGUUCUCUUGGCUAUCCAAAACCACUCUUGAGCCUUCACAAGUCUAUGAAUACGGCCUCACGUUCGCCCGGAACGAGCUAGAAGCCGAGGAUUUACCCUACUUCAACCAUGAGUUCCUCCAUAGUAUGGGAAUUUCAGUAGCUAAGCAUAGACUAGAAAUUCUCAAGCUUGCCAAGAAGGAAGUCGGGCCGGGCCGAAUCGUCAGCCUGUCGAAGCUUGUUUGGGCAAUUAACAAGACCAAGAAGGGCAUCAAGAAGUGUGUUAACAAGUGGGGUUUUCACAAGGAGUUGGUGAUUCAAGCAGUGCCUGAGAAGGGUGAAGCGGAGGUGGUGGCAGAGAAGGCAAUUGUGAAAGCAAGAAGUGUAGCAAAAUCUGGGCCUAUUAUUGGAAGAAUUCAAGAGAAGGUGAUGGCCACUAACAGAGGCAUAAAGCUAUCUGGGCCUCUGGAUGUGAAAAAGUUGCAAGAGAAGUUUAUGUACACUAGUAAAAGCCCACAAUUCUUUGGGACUCCUGAUCCAAGAAAACAAGGAAAUUUCAUGGUCAGUGGUAGAAGCCCAAUGAUAACUGGGCCUCCAGAUAGAAGAAGUCCAAGCCCAUUUGGGCAUGGUGAAAAUGAGGAGAGAAUGGUAAGUGACUACAAUGACCCAGAUUCACUUUGGGCUACCCUUUUUCAGGACAUGAAGCCCACUUGAAAAGUAUGAGCUUUUUUCUCUCUCUUUCAAAUUGUUAUAGAUGGUGAGUGGUGACAUACCCUGUAUGUGUUUUCAAUAUGUGAUUUCGCAUAUUUUGCUGGGUGAUUAGUUUUGUUUCCUGGAAUUUAUUUUUGUUGUAUUAAUAUUUUGCGGAUUCUUCGUGUUGUUUCCCAUAAUGUUUUCAUUUAUGUUUUGAA